UAGAGGGAGUGCAGGAGCUCGCCAUCUCCAAGCCAUCCACAGCGGGAAAAACAUGGAGUCCGCUCCGGCAGCCCCCGAUCCAGUCACCACCGAGCCGGGCAGCAGCGUCUCCGAGCCGGCCGCCGGCGCCAGGGACACCCCGGUCAACCUGGAGCCUGCCCGGAAAAGCGAAGCGCCGGCUCCAGUCCGCAGGCAGAGCUACUCCAGCAGCAGCGGCAGCAGAGGUAUUUCCGUAACAAAGAAGACCCAUACAUCUCAAAUUGAAAUUAUUCCAUGCAAGAUCUGUGGAGACAAAUCAUCAGGAAUCCAUUAUGGUGUCAUUACAUGUGAAGGCUGCAAGGGCUUUUUCAGGAGGAGUCAGCAAAGCAAUGCCACAUACUCCUGUCCUCGUCAGAAGAACUGUUUGAUUGACCGAACAAGUAGAAACCGUUGCCAACACUGUCGAUUGCAAAAAUGCCUUGCUGUGGGGAUGUCUCGAGAUGCUGUAAAGUUCGGUCGAAUGUCAAAAAAACAGAGGGACAGCUUGUACGCAGAGGUGCAGAAACAUCGAAUGCAGCAGCAACAGCGAGAUCACCAACAGCAACCUGGAGAGGCAGAACCACUGACACCAACAUACAGUAUCACCACCAACGGGCUAACAGAGCUACAUGAUGACCUCAGUAAUUACAUUGAUGGGCAUACCCCUGAAGGUAGCAAAGCAGACUCUGCAGUUAGCAGCUUCUACUUAGACAUACAACCUUCUCCAGAUCAGUCGGGUCUUGAUAUUAAUGGAAUCAAACCAGAACCAAUAUGUGACUACACACCAGCAUCGGGCUUCUUCCCUUAUUGUUCUUUUACAAAUGGGGAGACCUCGCCAACUGUGUCCAUGGCAGAAUUAGAACAUCUUGCACAGAAUAUUUCAAAGUCACACAUGGAAACUUGCCAGUACUUGAGAGAAGAGCUGCAGCAGAUAACAUGGCAGACUUUUCUGCAGGAAGAAAUUGAGAACUACCAGAACAAGCAGAGGGAGGUAAUGUGGCAGUUAUGUGCAGUCAAAAUAACAGAAGCUAUACAGUAUGUCGUGGAGUUUGCCAAACGCAUUGAUGGCUUUAUGGAACUGUGUCAAAAUGAUCAAAUCGUGCUUUUAAAAGCAGGAUCUUUAGAGGUUGUGUUUAUCAGAAUGUGCCGUGCCUUUGACUCCCAAAACAACACAGUAUACUUUGACGGCAAGUACGCUAGCCCAGAUGUUUUCAAGUCACUAGGUUGUGAAGACUUCAUUAGUUUUGUGUUUGAAUUUGGAAAGAGCUUAUGUUCUAUGCACCUGACAGAAGAUGAGAUUGCUUUGUUUUCUGCAUUUGUUUUAAUGUCUGCAGAUCGUUCAUGGCUUCAGGAAAAGGUAAAAAUCGAAAAACUCCAACAGAAGAUUCAGCUAGCACUUCAGCACGUCCUGCAGAAGAAUCACCGAGAAGAUGGAAUUCUAACAAAGUUAAUAUGCAAAGUGUCUACUUUAAGAGCACUGUGUGGACGACAUACAGAAAAACUUAUGGCAUUUAAAGCAAUAUACCCAGACAUUGUACGACUUCAUUUUCCUCCAUUGUACAAGGAGUUAUUCACUUCAGAAUUUGAGCCAGCAAUGCAAAUUGAUGGUUCACUGCCCACAGACUUUCAACAGAACAAUCAAUUUGUUGAUCACAGCAGAGUCCAGCGACUGGUGUGUACUGCAGAGGUUUCAGCAUCAGUUUGCACAACUUGCUCAUUGUUUCAUGAAGGACGAAUUUUAUCUACCAUUGAUUGCCAGUAGGCAGAAUGGCACGAAAAGGGUCCAUAGCAAUAGCAACAAUAGCAUUAUAAUAUAUUACAGGGUAAAUGGGCAUGAAGACUAUAUAUAGCAAAAGA